CUCUCUCUACCACUCUAUUGCACAACCUUUUAUUUCUCUUCCUCUUGUUCUUCUUUGCUGCUGAGUGUUACUCACAAUUGCACAAAACAGCUUCACAAUGGGGAGGAGUUUGAGUCCAAUGCUACAAAGAGAGAUAAAAAAUCUUGACAAAGAUUCUGAUAGCCGCAAAUCUGCAAUGAGGGCAUUGAAGUCAUAUGUGAAAGAUUUGGACAUGAAGACAAUUCCUAUCUUUCUUGCGCAAGUUUCUGAGACCAAGGAAUCUGGUUCCUUGUCUGGAGAAUUUACAAUUUCACUGUAUGAGGUUCUUGCUCGGGUUCACGGAGUCAAAAUUGUUCCCAUGAUAGACAGCAUUAUGCAAUCCAUAGUUCAGACCUUGGCUUCAAGUGCAGGGUCUUUCCCUUUCCAGCAGGCUUGCUCAAAGGUGGUUCCAGCCAUAGCAAGGUAUGGAAUUGACCCCACAACUCCAGAAGAGAAGAAAAGACAUAUAAUUCACUCUCUUUGUAAGCCACUUUCAGAUUCUCUCUCCAGUUCUCAAGAGAGUUUGACAUGUGGCGCGGCCCUUUGCUUGAAGGCUCUUGUGGAUUCAGAUAACUGGCGUUUUGCUUCGGAUGAGAUGGUUAAUAGGGUUUGCCAAAAUGUUGCUGUGGCAUUAGAGGGGAAGUCUACUCAAACCAAUUCACACAUGGGUUUGGUAAUGACCCUGGCAAAGCGCAAUGCUUUGAUUGUUGAAGCUUAUGCUAGAUUGCUCAUACAAUCUGGAUUGCGAAUACUAAAUGGUGAACCUUUGGAGGGAAAUUCUCAGAAGCUAUUUGUAGCCAUUCAAAUGGUGAACUUUUUGAUGAAAUGUUUAGAUCCCCGAAGCAUAUUUUCGGAGGUUGAACAGAUAAUUGAGGUGAUGGAUAUGUGUCAAUCAGACAAAAUGGCUUAUGUCAAAGGAGCUGCAUUUGAAGCUUUGCAGACUGCUAAGAUAAUUGCCACUGAUAAAAAAUCAAGAUGUGUGAAGAGUCCUGCUUCUGUAACAGGAUCAAAUUUCAGUAGGAAAGACUACAUGGAAGGAGAAAGUUUUUCUGGUGAUGGAGAUCGUUCUCCUACAUCUACUUCUCCAGAAUCACGUUCCUUGGACUUCUUCCAUGGAUAUGGAUCCUCUAUUGAGUCUUCCAUUUCAACAAGUCUGCCUUCUCAGAACUUCUAUGAACGAAGGAGUGUGAAUAGGAAGCUUUGGAGUCAUGAAAAUGGAGGGGUUGAUGUGUCUCUCAAGGAUGGUCUAUUCUCCAAGUCACAGCAUGGAAAUUCCUUGUUGGACCACACUAUGGAUCAUGAAUUUUCUAAUGGAGGGGGAGACUUAACAAGAGAGUUUGCUGGUUUCAUGCACAAAAGUCCUUGGCAUGGAGUAUCCAGAAGUGCCAGCACAAGUCCCCUGAGAUCACGCACUCAGGUUAAUGUUGACAACAUGAAACUCUUCAUAACUCCUAGGAAGCUCAUUCACUCUCUUCAAGACCCAAAUGAUGAGAUUUCAGAUUGCUCUGAGAAACCAAAUAGAAGGAUCAAGAGUCUAUCAUCAGGCAAUGUUAAGUGGAGCCCAGCAACAUAUUCUAAAUAUGAUCAAAAUGGUAUUGCAGAACAUGUCAACUAUGAUUCUAAAGAGAAUGGAAGCUUAUAUGGUGAAGAUCAGUUCCAAGGUGGACCGGAGUCAGUCUCAUCAACGGACGACUUGCUUGCUAAUAAUGAUUUGCCAAGUCCUUCUGAGGAUGUUCUUGAAAGCAGAAAUGGUACUCAAACAGUUCUCAUUGGAAAGCCCUUUCGAAAGACUAAACAUAAAUUAGUUUGUGGCCUUUCUUUUGCUCUUCUGGCAAUAGCUGCUCCUUUACUAUGGAUCAAUAGUCAGGAAGAAGGCCAUUUUCUUGUCCCGACAUAAUCUGCUCAUUCCAGCAUGUAGUGUACAAUCUGAGUUAUAUGGUUCUAUGAAAGUAUUUGUUAAUUCCAACUAAAUUUGGGAAGCUUAGUGUAGAAAUAAUAUAUCUGUAAAUUGUGCACUCUCAAUGUGCUUUUUAUUUUUCUUGGUAGAGUCUAUAAGAACUUUUGGCUGAAUUCUACCUUCUAGUGGAGUGGAUGCACAAAUGCUGUAUUGGGAAUUGAAUGGAUCAGUUCAUUUAAUCAAAUUUAAUAUAGAAGUCGAGGAUAUGUAGACUAGA